AUGUCAAACAUCAAAUGGAAGAAAUCUUGGGUAUUAGAGUGUGUUAAUCCAUUUAGGUGUAGAACAGUUCAUGGUUAUUGGAUACACAAGUUGAACUAUGGAUUGGUAAAUUUUUACUUUUGUAAUUUAACAUCAUAAUAUGUAUUACAUGUAAUGUAGAAAUUAAAAAUGUUGAAUUUUUUCGUUUCAGAAUAGUAUUGGAAGAGCUCUUAAUAAUGACAUUAUUGUGGAAAAUGAAACUGUAUCUAAAUAUCAUUGUCAAUUGCGAAUUGAAAAUGACCUACCAAUAAUUAAAGAUGUAGGAGUAAGUGAAUAUUAUAAAUGUAUGAUUCAUAUAAAUAUACUAACUACUUAUUCUGAAAAAAUUCCUACAGUGAAAAAUAUCAAAGUAUUAAAAAAUGGUACAGAGAUUUUUCAUUUAUUUGGCCACUCAAAAGAAACAACAGCAGUUUUAAUUUUGCAAUAUUCUUUGAUCUUUUUUAUUUUUUCUAACACAUAAUAGCUUUUAAAUGUCAUACAAUAUCAUAAUAGGUAGGUAUUAAAAACUGUUUUAUAGAACUUUUGCUGAUAUAAUUUUACAAAUAAACAACCAGUAAUCAGAUAUUCAGAUUUUUCUAUUUCCCAACUUAUCUAGUAAGUAGUAGUUAAGUAUUUAACACAAAAAAAAUAGGAAAACCAAAAAGGUGUGUAUGAAUUGCUUAGCUAUGAGGGCAUACAAACAAUCAAUCUAUGAUCUGUUUUAUAAUAGUUAAAUUAAACAAAUUUUCCCAGACCAGAAGCUUGUAAUCAACUGAAUUUUGUGUGUAAGGCAUCUAAAGUUUAUUUUUUUUUUGAAUGAAGUAAAUAUUUUGCAACAUUAUACAGUGACGACAUGGUAAAUUAUAAUUUUAUAAUUAUUAUAUUUAUAUAAUAAAGAUAAUAUCAAUCGAAAAGGUCACAACUAUGAAUGUAAUACCUAUAAUCACAAAUAAAUCUUAAUUCUUGGUUUGCAACUCAUGUACUGAUGUCCAAUAAGAUAAUUCAUAUUUUUGGUCUCACAAUACUUUAGGUUGACUAAAGUUAAAUUAAAUUAUAAGUUGUUAGCUAAGUAUUUGUUUAAUAGUUAUUUACUAUGUAUCAAAAUUAAUAUCAUUAACAAUUUUAUACAAUUGUUUUAAAUAUAUGUAUAUUAUUAGGCUGUUCCUUAUUUUUGAUCUUUCAAUUUUUGUUUUAAAACUCAAUUUUUUUAUUAUUAUAACAAAGUAUUUUUGGUAAAAAUUUGAUAAUAAUAUGCAACAAGACUUUUGAAAUUUUAUAAAAGAGGGUUGUUUUAUAGUUUUUUUAGUUUAACUGAAAAUAAAUUAUAGCACUUAUUACAUAUUAUGUAUAAGACUUUAAUUAUAAAUUAUAAUAAUAUUUAUAAAAAUUAUCCUUAAAAAAUUUCUUCGAAAUUUAUUAUUUUCGAAGAAAUCUAAUAAAAGAAAAGAUACAGACAUACUUUGCACAUGGGUGUAGCCACUGUUGUAGGUGGGAAGUUGGGAAGGUAGGAUACAGAAGAGAAUUUAAUGUAUAUCUGUAAGCAACAAUAAACCAUUGCUAACAAACAACGAUUCUGAGCAGAGUUCAGUUGAUAGUGAUAGUCAACAAUAUAUAUGUUGUAUUAUGGUGAAAAAAUUAAAUAGGCAUUAUAUAUUUUCUUUAAUAAUAUUUGUUUAAUGUUGUACUGAUUUCCCUCGUUUUUCCCGGUUUUUCAGACUUGCUCCAAAAACUCUUGGAAAAAUUAAAAAAUUACCUCCAUCAAGUAUUUUCUCCUUUAGGCUUGCUUUCAGAAAAAGUGCUAUCAUUGUAAAUUGGAGCAAAAUUGCACGUAGAAAAAUUAUUCCUAGAAAAGAGAAGGCCAUAAUAUUUUUAGAUUUUGAUUGAAAAGAAGAAGCUUAUGGUUUUACAAAGAUUUUUUUUUUAUUUGUGUAACUUUUAUACCUGAAAUCAUGUGUAUAAAUGAUUAAUUGUGGAAUUGGGAAAAUACAUUAAAUAAAAAUUAUUUAGACAUAUAUGGUAUCUACAUGUUAUUAGUUAUUACAUAGAUAUUACGGUUAGCUCAGUUAACAUUAGAUUCUUUAGGUGAACCUAACUAAGCAAACUACUGACUGAUACAAUAUUAUAUUUUGUUUAAAUUAUUUAUUAUUAUUAUUUUUGUCAGCUGUGUGUACAAUAUACACUCAAAUCAUUGAUGAUUAAACUAUAUUCAAUUUUUUUUUAUAUAAGCAUAAUUUUGACAGUAUAUUUGCUUUGGGAUUCAUUUGCAAGAAUUAUUUUCUUCUGGGGUUUUUUUUUCUGAGGGUUUUAUUCCUGGAUUCCUAUUUUAUGUGGGCAUUAUUAAUAUUUUUAACUAUACACCACAAUUCUGUAUACAUUUAAUAAUGAACCAACAAAUUCUAUUUAAUAUAUUUUCUUCCAUUUUAUUUACUCUUGAAACAAACAUAACAUUUUUUUUCUCUUAUAACCAUGAAAAUUUGUAUUUUAGAUUUUGAGUAGAGCGAAGAAGCUUAUGAUUUUAUAAAAAUAUUUAUUUUUUUUUCUGUGAACAACUUUUCUACUAUAAGAUUUGUUCCAGUUUUAUGCGUAACAACUUUUUUCAAAAGAAAUUGGUGUGGAAGGUACCUACAGAGAGGUCAUUUUUCGAUUUCCUCAAGAGUUUUCUCAUCAAAUGCGAAUAAACGGGAAAAUGUACGAAAUAUAUUUGAAUAAUAUUCUGUUUUUUUUCCUUGGAUAAUUUUUCUACCAGGAAUUUUGCUCUAGCUUUUAAUGAUAGCAAUGUUUCUAAAAGUAAUUUUUAUUGGGGAGAAAUUUUUAUUUUUUCUGUUUUUCGAUUUUCUCUAGAGUUUUCUCAACAAAUAUGAAAAACUGGGAAAAAAAUAGGAAAACCAGGAAAAAUGUAGAAAAACGGGGAAAUCUGUACAACAUUAAACAAAUAUUAUUAUAGAAAGUAUAUAGAGCCUACUUAAUUAUUUUACUAUAAUAUGGCAUAUUAUAUAUUGUUGACAAAGCAUCACUAUCAACUGAACUCCGCUCAGAAUCCUUUAUUCAUAAACAAUGCUUUAUCAUUACAUACAUAAAAUUACCUAUAACAGUGGCUGCACCCAUCCCAUUAUCCUAGGACUUCUUUUUAAUUUUGUUACUUAUAUAUUUUAUGUUACAACUCAAAAUAAAAGACUAGUUAAUUUACUUAUGAGUUAUGUUAUUGAGAUCACCUUUAAUCUCAUAAAAUAUUAGAAUUUUGGAAAGAUAAUUACAAUUUAAUGUCUAAACAAUUUAUUUGUGAUGUAUUUAUAAAAAUAAAUAAAUUCUUUUUUCAGAGUAAAAAUGGUACAAUUGUACAAGGUGUUCUACUGGAUGGCCUAGAACAAUAUAUUUUAAAAGAUAAUGAUAUAAUUAAUUUAUCAGAUUAUGAACAAGGUGUUUCAUUUCAAUUAAUAUGUAUGUGUUUUGAAUGAGCUUAAAUAUAUUCUAUGAUAAGAAUUGAUGAACCAAGUCUUUAUAAUCAGACAGUUAUUUUAGAAAAGCUGGAAAUACAAUAAGGAACUUCAUAUAAUUUUGUGUAGACUUUCAAAAGGCGUAUGAUAGUUCUAAUAGAUAGAUAUAACUAGCAGAACCGAAAUAUUAUAAGAAUUCCCAAAGAAUAUAGUACAUCAAACUGAAGCUCUAGCAUAAAACACUAGUGCAGGUCAAAGUUGGGAACACAAUAUCAAGGAUAGUGGAGAACAUGAUAUGAUUUCCUGGUGAUUCCUUUCCACUAAUCUAUUUUAAUUUAAUUUUAGAAAAAGUGAUCCAAGAAAUGAAAUUUGGAAGAGAUGAAGGAAUAAUGGAGGAUAGAACCUGUUUUAGUUUGCUCACCUAUACUAACAAUAUAUCUAGUCCUGCUAGGUGA